UUAUCGGUACAGGACUGGUUUCAUAUGAUAUAAAUAAGUAAAUACCGAAGCAUGUGUUCAAAUUAAUUGUUACAUUAAUUCGUGUAGGUUUUAGUGUUUCUUCUUCCAAUCACUUCAAUAAUAAGACGAUAUGUUGCGAAUUUACUGCAGCUUAGUGACCAUUCUGUUCAUUCAUCUGACAAUAUCUGUGGUGAUAGAGACUUCUGAAAAGCGUUCUUACAAGAUUCUAGAAGGAGACAAUCUAUUGGUUAUUUGCAAUGUAACAGACAGUCCAGAUACUGAUGUCUUUUGGACUAAAAAUGACACCAAAAUGUCAUUUAUGCAGCAAGGGAAACGUUUGGAGAUUCUUAAUAUCAAGCGCUCUUAUUCCGGAGAUUACAUUUGUCACGCUUUGAAUACAACAUUUCCUGUCCCCGACUAUAAUGAGACAGAUGUAAACAAGACAAUUGACGUCAUCAAUGUUGAUGUGCAAUACCCCGCAGAGGUUGACUUCUUUGGCAUUGGUCCCUAUGAAUUGCUAGAAAAUAGCACAUUUACAGUAACAUGUGAUAUGCAGGCUAAUCCUCAGCCAACAUGGACUAUACGUAACAGAGAUACUGGCCUAGAGUUAAUGUCGGCAGCGCACAUCUCGGCCAGAUCUACAAUAGGACCAGUAACAGCACGAUGUGAACAUAUGGGAUACUGGGAAUGUACCGGAAAGAACAGUUUAAGCCAUGGUGUCAAUGCAUCUAAGGGACAUAACCUCACCGUAUUUUGCCCUCCAAGACCACAGUUUCAACAUAACCAAUACUUGAUUCAGACAACGGUUGGUAAAUAUACUGAGAUGAAGAUGUAUCUACAGGCCUACCCGAUAGCCAUCUACACGUGGUCCAAAGAUGACGGCACUGAUAUAUCAAAAAGCGUAACACAAGAAGAUUUUGCGAACGAAACUACAUUGACAUUUUCAAUGAUCUCAGUUCCUGAUUUUGGAAACUAUACAUUGAAAAUGCAGAAUGAAUAUGGAAUUUACUAUGCCCAUUACCAAGUAGUUGCAAACGGUCCACCAGAAAGGCCUACAAAUUUCCAUUCUUCUGAUAUCACUUAUAACAGUGUGAAACUACAGUGGACCUCAGGUUUCGAUAUGGGUUCAAAGCAACAUUUCAUUGUUAUGAAGUUAAUUGGAAAUCAGUUUAUACAGAUCUCGAAUUGGGUAUACGACAAUUCUACAAACCAUGGUAUUAAUCAAAACUGGACAUAUGUACUGACCGGCUUGGUCAGCGAUACAUAUUACAAUUUAACCGUCGUGUCCGAGAAUGACAGGGGAUUUAUGUCAUCAUUUGCAAAACCAUCUAUUUCCUUUAAAACAAAGAGUAAGUAUUUAAUCAAAUUAACCGGAAUACACACACAAGUCUUGCUUGAGAGCUAG